GCUGCAAAUUAAAAAAAAAUAUAUUCCACGGUCGCUCCACCCUUCAGUCUCCUACAAAUAUUUCCACCAUCACUUGUUCCCUUGUCUCUUUGCUGGCCUUCUUUCAGUUUCAACCUCCGCCUCUGUCGACUGCGUCCACCUUCUUGUUUGAGCGCCUUGUCGAUUCAACUCUGUUCAGUCAACUUCGUCAGCUUAGGGCGGGAGAUUUCCAUGACAUUUCAAGUAAGUAUGAACAAAGAUUCAAGGGUUUAUAAUUUUAGGUCUUUGCUAUGUUAAAAUUUAUUUGUUUUCAUAUCUUGCACCGUCGCUUCACCCCUCAGUCUCCCACAAAAUCAUCCACCGUCACUCCUCCCUUUAUUUAGAAUUCAAGGGUUUAUAAUUUUAGGCCUUUGCUGUGUUAAUUUAUUUAGAAUUCAAGGUUUUAUAAUUUUACUGGAUUGAUUUGUUGGAUUUUUGGAUGGAUUUGUUGCUGGCUGUGUUGAAGGGUUGCUUUGUGUUGUUGGAUUGCUGUUGUGUAGUUGAUUUGUUUCUGACUGUGUCGAAGGGGUAUUUUGUUUGCUGUGUUAACUUUUUUUUUUUUCUCAACUUUGGUAUGUAUUAGAGGAUGGUUACUACUAUUUUCUAAGGCUCACCCCCUUUGGUGUCCUGUUGGAAUGGGAGGAGGGGCUUUUGGAAAAUGCUUAAUAAAUUUUGAUCAAUUUGAUGUAUUGAUUUCAAAAUAACCCAAAAAAUGUCAUUCGAACAUGAAGUUGGAGCAGUCAGAGUAUCAAUACAUAUUCAAAAUAACUUAAAAAUUAUCACUAGAAUGCACAUCUUCAGUGACUAUCUAAAUGCAUGUAAAGAUAGGACUCAAGAGAGGCACAAAAAUAAAAAAAAACAGACCCUGUAAACAUAAAAACUUACAGUGAGCAGUCUUUAACACGACGACUCAUAUUCAACCCCAUAUUCAAAUGCAAAUAUAGCCUCAUUAUCGCCCGAGUACCCUCUUUCAUCAAGACCAUCCUAAAACAUUUCACUUCGCAACAUCAAAAUUGUUUGAAAAACUAUCACUUAAAUGUAAUAAAAACAAAAAAAAAAUUUAAAAAAUACCCAGUCGGGACUCAGCCUAGCCUCAACAUGUUGAACGGAAGUCCCGAAGUCACAGACUGCGGCCUUCAAAUCAUGAACUGCUAUCUUAAGAUUUUAAAUGAUACCAAAAUUCGGCUGGAUGACAUUUUUUUGUUGUUGGCAUUUAAAAAAAAAAGAGACGAAUUGCUGCACCAACCAACACCGCGAUGACAGCCCACAAGAGCAGUACUGUAAUGACCAUCAGUACCUCCAUUUCCUGUAAUGGCCUUGAGUGCGUUUGGAGUUGCAGAAUGAAGGGGCGGGAGAUAAAACGCGUUAUAAGAUGCAGAGGUGGAGGAUUAUUGGCAGGUGAUAGAAAUAAUAUAUAUUAUAUAAUAAAUAAUAAAUUUAAAAGGACAAAAUGAGAUUCAUGAAGGAUUAUCGGCAGGUGGUAGAAAUAAAAUUAAAAAACUGUUUAAGCAAUAGGUGGAUGUCAAAUCAUCAUGUGCAAGAAAUAAGAGUAACAUCUUUUAUAUAUAUUUUUGUUACUGCCUGAAAAUUGUACAUAUACAUUAAGUAAUUUAACUCAAAGUUUGGAAACAAAUCAUUGCAAACCAACCUUAGCCACAGGGAGUUUGCAGACACAAUUAGUCAGCAAUUUCCUUUGUUCUCCUUCGAGGAAAAGGAAGCUAACGAAGGGGAAUUGUUACAAACUGAACAAAUGAGUCAGAAGUGCAGGGGCAUGGUGUUUAAAAGGAACAUUAUAUGUAGUAGUCAUUUGAAUGUUUUAAAAGGGUGAAAUAAUAUCGGCAGGACCAGGCCUUUGCAAAUGUUUCAUGAAUUUUUUUUCUCAAACCCUCUGUAAUUCUUGUUCUUAAUUUAACUUCUCUACGAUCUCCGUUCUUGUUCUUGAGUUUUAGUGGCGACACGCAUCAUUAUGAUUUUCUGCAAGUUGCUUCUCUUUGAGACAUUUUAACAAAAUGUGAUGUGAGGCGGAAUUUCAACUAAUGUUCGCACAUUUUACAACCAAGCUCAACAUAAAGUGAUUUUUUCAGUAACUGACAACCUCUGAAGUUACCACUGUUACGAUUUCUGUACCUGAAACUGCGAUUUUCGCCAUCAUUUUGAAUCAACCCACCGAAUUUUGUCCUCCCCGAAAAUUUUUUUGUUAAAAGAAAGCUUCUAAAUUCAAAUUGAAGGAGUCCAAUGAACCGAAAACGAAACUUUAGAGACAAUCGGUGCUGUUAGGAGCUAAUUUCAAACCAACAGGAAAGGUAUUUGAGGUAACCAGUUAAUACCUCCAUGAGCAAUUUGAUGUAAAGGUGGUCUUUCAACUCUGAGGACAAGUUAGGGAAAUGUUAAGCAUGUACAUACAACAUUAAAGGAAUUCUUUCUAAGGAUUCGACGAUUUCCCAUUCGGCCCAACGACUUUAAUUUUCAUAUUAGGAAAAAUAAUCUUAAAGACUAGGAAAGUUGAGUUAGUCUUUUAUUAGGAUUCAUAGGGAAAUUGGGGCUAUAUAAACCCCGCAAAAUUAAGUAUAGAGGCAACUAAUCAAAUUUCUAGGAAUAAAAUUGCUAGAUCUGAGUGAUACAUACUGUGUUUCUAUGGAGGGUUUUACCGUUUACAGUACAGAAAGGGCAGCACCAGUGCCAUUCUUUCCGGAUGAUAUCAUACAGCAAAUCCUUCUCAAACUACCCACAAAAUCUCUCUUGCGAUUCAAGUGUGUUUGCAAAUCUUGGCGUGACUUAAUCUCAACACACGAAUUUGCCAUAAAACAUCUCACUGAAACAUCUGAAAGGUUUCGCAGAUUUGGAGUCUUCGAAUCAGAAAAAUUAAGGGAAGGUCGUAUUUCUCUAUACAGUCUUGCCGCUCAAACCUCAUCGCGUGCUGAAGAAGCAGAAGAAGAAACAAUUUUUCUUCCUUUAUGGGGAAAAGAUUGUUAUCUGGCUCCUGCAGCUAAUGAAUACAUUAUCAACAGAUUCAUCCACACAAGGGUACUGGGGUCCUGUAAUGGUAUAUUAUUGAUACGAUUGGAAAAUGUUGAGGAAUCCAGUGGACACCCAAGGACAUUCCUGCUAUGGAAUCCAACAAUUAGGGAAUUCAAGAUGAUUCCGCCAUGCUAUUUCAAAAGUUCUUUAUGUUCUCUGGUUUCGGGGCUUGGUUACAAUUCAUCUAUUGAUAAUUACAAAGUGGUAGUAGUAUUUUCUGAAAGAAAUAGUGAUUUGGCUUGUGGUUAUGUUUAUAAUCUCAAGACAAAUUCAUGGAAACGACUUAAAAAUUUUUACUUCCCUUACAAGAACGCUAGGCAAGUUAACAAUUUUGGAAAUCUUUUCUUAUCCGAUGAAACCUGUUUAGGCUAUCUACCUGAGGAAACAGGCUAUUUACUUGAGGAAACAGGAACGACAAUAGUGAAUGGAGCUCCACAUUGGGUAACAUUGAGUUCAAGCAGAGGUGGGGUUAAUAAAAUCAUUUACUUUGAUUUAGAAGAGGAGAAGUUCAAGGAGUUUCUAUCUCCUCCUGCUUCUGCCGGCACUUUCAAGACUUAUUUGAGUAUUUAUGAAGAUUGCCUUUGUGAAACUCGACUUCGACGGGAAAAAGGUUUUAUUGAAUAUAUGUUUGAGGUUUGGAUUAUGAAGGAAUAUGGAGUGAAAGAAUCAUGGAUUAAAUUGUUGAACUUGCCAUUUGAUUUGAGGUUUUCUUUAAUGAGUGACAUAAGGCCAUUGUUUGUUUCAAAGAAUGGUGAUGAAGUGGUCAUGGUUACAGAUUGGAGUGACAUGAUUUCAUUCAACACUAGAACAGGAGAAGUGAAGAAAGUUUCAAUGCGUGUUGAUAGGGGUCAUGUGGUAGGUUCUUAUGAGGAGAGUCUUGUUUCACUAAAGCAAUUCAGUAUGUCAUGCUCAGAAGAUGGUAAAUACUAA